CAGGGACAGUGCUGUGCAUAGCACUUUCUUUUACAUAGAUUUUAGCAGUGGUCCCAAAUCUUAACAUUUAUAAGAGCAAAGCGUUGGAGUUUGAUUGCUGUAAAUCGAUACCUACCUUUUUAGGUGAAUGUGUGGGUCUCUACCCUGCAGCUGGGAGACAGAUGGAGAAAGACACACAAGCACUGCCUACCCAUUCUCCUCUACAUUCCUCUAGAAAUAAUUCCGAAGCUCUGUCUCUAUCCCCCUCUCUUCCACAGCCCUCUGCUGUUCUGCCUGCAUCCCUCCCUCUCUCCCCAACCACUCACUCUCCUUCCACCCCAGCCUCCUGUCUACACUUCUCAUCUACCCCUCAGGUUUCUGGGGGGUCACACUGCCUUAGUCCCGCCACAGCAUCUGAGCAGGAUGACCUGACUUGCCUCAGCUGGCUGCAUCAAAGAGGGAAUCUUUUGCCCCUGCAGCCCCUGCCCAGAAUCACCACACUGCCCCAGACAUUAGAACUCAUCCCUGCCCAGCCACUGCCUUCCUACCCUGCUAAGCCCCCAUACUCUUUCAGCAGUCUCAUCUUUAUGGCAAUAGAAGACUCCCCAGAAAAGAGACUACCCGUGAAAGGUAUUUAUGAGUGGAUUGUCAACAACUUCCCCUACUACAGAGAGGCUCCGGGUGGCUGGAGGAACUCUGUUCGACACAAUCUGUCCUUGAGCAAGAGCUUCCAACGAAUGCAUCGUGACAGGAGUCAAUCUGUUGGAAAGGGCUCAUUAUGGCGUGUCUGUCCAGAGUGUCGGCCAGCUCUUCUGGAGGUUCUUAGAAAAACACAUUAUUGUCAUCGUACCAACAGCAACUUGUUGAAAAAUCCUGUUUUGUUGGAGGCAGCUGAUAAUGUAGAAAACAUCAUGAAUGAGACUAUGGAAAUAUCAGAUCUCGAUUCUCUGUGUUCAAACCCACCAUGCUUUUUGUCACCUGAUCACGAGGAGCUAGUCACCAUGGAGUCUGUAGAACUUACAGAGAUUGCAGGAGAGGACUCAGAGAAAGAUCCAUUGGCAGACAGUGGUUACAUUGAGUUACACUAUUAUCAAUAUCAGCAGUAUCAGUACCUGGUUCUUCCAGGAGACACUGAAAUAGACCUAGAGACGGUUGAGAUACUGCAGCUUGAUGCAGAGGCUCAGGAGGCUGCAGGAUCACUGCUUGACCUUGCAGGAGGCAACCACUGAUAGAUGGUACCUGUGUGCUAUGUACAAGCAAGGAGGGUUAAAAGGGAGAUGGGACCACUGUUGAAAACUCUUGAAAACCCUUGGCUUUAUGUACUAUUGUCACUUUAUAACUGCCUGAACUAUUACUUACUGUUAUAAAAGGUGCAACAUAAGCAAUUCCAAAUAAUGUAAUGAUUUGAAAAGACAUUUGUAGGGACUGACAGCACUGUGCGUUUAUCCUUGCUAUUAGUGUAUUGUAGCUAACUUUUGUUUAACAGCAUUUGCCAAAUGGCCGUUUUUUUUUUUGUUUUUUUGUCAGAAAGAACAAAAAUGUUGUUUAUUGUCUGAGUUGACAUGUAGUAUUUAAUGCACUUCCAUGCCAUUGUUCAUUGAGUUCCUCUCAUCAAGAAUCUUCAUCUAAAGAUUUGUUGUAUUCUCAAAUUAGAAGAAGAAAGUUAUACUGUUCUUUUGAAAGAAAACGUUUUUUUUUUUUACACCAAAAUAUGGUUCAAAAUUAUGAACAUAUUCAAGUAUUAUUGAGACAAACUGCCAGCUGUUCUUCAGGGUUUACGGAAAUAUUGAUAUCGAACCCUUAUUUCUUCCUGAUUAUUGUCUGAAGUAAUUUGUUUUCUGUGUAAUAUAAUGCAUGCUACCCUUUGCUUUAUUAAUGUGUUGUUGUUUUUUUUUUAGUACCUAUGUUUAACAGGUUGACACUACAUCACACUCUUA